UGUAAUAACUAGUGGAUGGACUUCAUUCAACAAAACUAAAAAGAAGGAACAGACACACAAGACAUCUCUAAUCUGGUCUAUGCUGAACACAAACACCGGGUUCCUGAGGAUGAUGUCAGGCUACUCACUGUCUGUGGUGUGUGUGGCGGUGCUCCUUUCCUUGGGGCGAUGCCUGGACAGAUGCUCGGUCCAGGACGGAACACCAGGAGCGCCAGGAGCUCCAGGCCGGGAUGGACGACAAGGAGCAAAGGGAGAAAAAGGAGAGUCAGCACUGCAGCUGGAUGCGGUGUCGCCCCGUGUCCUGAAGGGGGCGAAGGGGAGCCGGGGGUUUCCGGGGGACAUGGGGCCUAAAGGCUUCAGAGGAGAUCUGGGCCCUGAAGGCCCCCCUGGCCCCCCGGGCCCCCCUGGGCCCCCGGGGAUGGGCGGGGACCAGGCCCAACAACAACGUGCAGCCUUCUCUGUGUCCCGGACAGACAGCUCCUACCCCCUCUACAAUCGACCCCUGACAUAUAACACCGCCAUCACUAGCAGCAGCCUGAUCAGUUUGACCUCUGGAAUCUUCACCUGCAGCAUAUCUGGAGUCUACUACUUUGUCUUCCACUCAGAGGCCAAGGUGAGCAUGUGUCUGUCUCUGAAGAGUGACGUGCUGGGAGAGAAGAAGCUGGGUUUCUGUGACUACAACAACAGAGCCACUACCCAGGUUCUGUCAGGAGGUGUGGUGUUGGACCUGUCACGAGGCCACAAGGUGUGGCUGGAACCGUUUAAAGACGAGCAACCGGAUAGUGUGAAGACCGACACGAAGAACAAGAAGAUUGUGUUUAACGGCUUCCUGCUCUUCCCCACCGGGAAGUGACGUCACAACGCCAUGCAGUGACCUCAUCACAUGAGCUGUCCCAGGAACCAACCAUGGCAUUACUAACACUGUUCUAUACUGAUCUAUACUGAUCUAUACUGUUCUAUACUGAUCUAUACUGAUCUAUACUGUUCCAUUCUGAUCCAUACUGAUCUAUACUGUUCCAUUCUGAUCCAUACUGUUCUAUACUGUUCCAUUCUGAUCUAUACUGUUCUAUACUGUUCCAUUCUGAUCUAUACUAUUCCAUUCUGAUCCAUACUGAUCUAUACUGUUCCAUUCUGAUCUAUACUGAUCUAUACUGAUCUAUACUGUUCCAUUCUGAUCCAUACUGAUCUAUACUGUUCCAUUCUGAUCCAUACUGUUCUAUACUGUUCUAUACUGUUCCAUUCUGAUCUAUACUGAUCUAUACUGUUCCAUUCUGAUCCAUACUGAUCUAUACUGUUCCAUUCUGAUCUAUACUGAUCUAUACUGAUCUAUACUGUUCCAUUCUGAUCCAUACUGAUCUAUACUGUUCCAUUCUGAUCUAUACUGAUCUAUACUGAUCUAUACUGUUCCAUUCUGAUCUAUACUGAUCUAUACUGUUCCAUUCUGAUCCAUACUGUUCUAUACUGUUCUAUACUGUUCUAUACUGAUCUAUACUGUUCUAUACUGUUCCAUACUGAUCUAUACUGUCCUAUACGGAUCUAUACUUUUCUAUACGGUUCUAUACUUUUCUAUACUGAUCAUCUAUACUGAUCUAUACAAUUCUAUACUGAUCUAUACUGAUCUAUACUGUUCUAUACUAUUCUAUACUGAUCUACACUUUUCUAUACUGAUCUAUACUGUUCCAUACUGAUCUAUACUGAUCUAUACAGAUCUAUACUGAUCUAUACUGUUCUAUACUGGUCUAUACGGCUCUAUACGGUUCUAUACUGAUCUACACGGUUCUAUACUGAUCUGUACUGUUCUAUUCUGAUCUAUACUGUUUUAUUCUGAUCUAUACGGAUCUAUACUGAUCUAUACUGAUCUAUAAUGUUCUAAACUGAUCUAUACUUUUCUAUACCGAUCCUGCCGUUACUGAUUUAAAAUACAGUGCCUAGUGAAAGUCACACACCCCUUGCGCAGUCUUCACAUUUUGAUAGCUUAAAUCUAAAAAGGGAUUAAAUGUGAUGUUUUUCUUACCAAUCUACACAACCUACUCCACAUUUUCAAAGUGAAAGAAAAUUAUAGAACAUUUUCAAAAUGAAUAAUAAAAAUACAAUUUAAA